AAGUUAAGCAGUACAGAAAAAAAACAGCAAAUAUAUAAUAAAUAAGAAAUCUAAAUUAUUAAACUUUUUUUACUCAACUCUAGCAUAAAAAAAAGGAAAUUUUAAAUCAGCCGAAGAAUUUAAUCAAAUAACCUGGUACCAUCAUUACACUAUCUAAUUUUUUAUCAGCUCCAAGACCUAAAUGCAUUAUUUGAGACUAAGUUAAAAUGAAUAAUUAGCAACAAUAACAAAAAAUUCAAUAUAACUCAAAUAAAAAUAUUUUAAUCCAGACCCUUUUUCCACAAUAAGAUGUCUGGAAUAAUGUUUGCAAUUCAAAAAUUCAAAGACAGUUAAUGUUAACAAAAUUUACAUGUUAAUGAUGUCUAUUUUUAUGUGUAUAAUUUAAAUGUAAAUACUUUUUUGCCCAAAUCCUUGGUUAAUGUAUGUAAUAAAGCCCACUAAAGCCCAAAACCUAUUGGUAUGGUAUUUUUCUUCUAAACUUUUUUCGAAAAAUCAAAAUACUGAAUAUGUUGAAGAUGUUAAAUAUAUAUAUACUGUAAUCAAAAUUUUCCACAGUGUAUUUAAGUUUGUAAAUUCAAUAAAAUUUAUUUCCAAAAUAGGUUUUUUUAUUAGGUUCAUGCGCAAAGUUAUGAAUAAAAGUUUAGUUGAAUAUUUUGGAAGCGACCAAACAGGACAUUCUUGUGGAUAUUGCAAGAAGUUAAAUGGAAGUUUGAGUCAUGGUAUGUGGGCUCAUUAUCUGCAGUGUCAAGGUUACAUGGAGUUAAUAGACAGAGGGUGGCGAAGAAGCGGAAAGUAUUGUUAUAAACCUAUCAUGAACAAAACUUGCUGUCCACAAUAUAGUAUCAGAUGCGAUGCAACAAAUAUCAAGUUGACAAAAUCCCAAAAAAAAGUUGUUAAACGUUUUCAUAAGUUUCUCACCAAUGGUUUAAAAAAUGAAAAGCAAAGCUUGGUUAACAAUAUGGAAAAUUUUGAUGAUGAAUUACAUGAAGUUCAUAAAGUCGAAAAGUUAAAUUUUGAUUUUUGUGAAAACUCUAAUGCAUUUCAAAGUACUAUUAAAAAUUGUCCUAUGUUAGAAACUGUAUCUUCUCAAAUGACUUUUUAUGUAACUUCUGAAAAUACUAAUAAAGAUCGUCCUUUGUUAGAAACUGUAUCUUCUCAAAUGACUUCUCAAGCUUCUCAAAUCAAACCAGUUAAAGAUUGUUUGACUAAUCUUAAAGCUAAAAAUAUCAGAAAAGAACGAAAAAUUACAAAAUUAAAAAAAAAAGCUGAAGAGAAUGGAUUAUUAUUUGAUGAAUCUAGUUUUCAAAAAAAACAAAAGUGUCCCGAAAAAUCGAUUGAAGACUUAUUAGAAGGUUUGCCAAAUAAUGGAGUUCAUAAACUUGAGUUAAAGCUUGUUCAAUGUUGCCCUCAAUCUGAAGAGUACCAGCGCACCUUUCAUAAAGAACAUCUAUUGUUUAUUAAGUAUCAAAUGCUUAUUCAUAAAGAAUCUAUUGAAGAUUGUUCUGAAGCAAAGUUUCUUCGUUUUCUUGUUAAAGGUCCACUUGAGCCAGAAAGCAUUUAUGGUGCUUAUCAUCAACAAUAUUAUUUAGAUGGUAAUCUAAUUGCAGUGGGUGUAUUGGAUAUACUUCCAUUAGCUGUUUCAUCAGUUUAUUUUUUUUAUGAUCCUGACUAUAGUUUUCUUUCACUUGGCACUUAUUCUGCUAUAAGAGAAAUUUAUCUGGUCCGUGAAUUACAGAAGCAGCACCAUGAUCUUAAAUAUUAUUACAUGGGUUUCUAUAUUCAUUCCUGUUCGAAAAUGAGAUACAAGAAACAAUAUUAUCCAUCUUUUUUGUUAUGUCCAGAAACUUACUCAUGGAUAUCAAUAGAAAAAGCACUACCAAAGUUGGAUAUUAGUAAAUAUAGUCGUCUUAGUGAUGGCAUCAUCAAAGAACAACAAUUGGCUACUGAUCAUGUUAUGGUGUUACACAGGAAUAAAGUUGUGCAAUUUAAUACAUAUCUUCAACGAAUUACAGACCGCCAUGAAAAAGAAAAACAAAUAAAGGAAGUUGAAGAAUAUUUAACUUUGACUGGUUUAUCAGCUUUAAAUAUGAUUCUUUACAGAAGUUAAAUGUUUCUUAUAUAUACUUAAAUAGUUAUUUUAUUUUUAAAAUUUUAUGUAUUAUAAAGUUUAUGUAUAAUAAAUUUGCAUUACAAA